CAAGUUCUUGCGAUUGUUUCGUUCUCUUUCUCUUUUGGAAAGAUUCGUGUGGUUCGUUCUUAUUUCUAAGCACAAGAAAAGAGUAAAGAUGGAGUUUAUAAAAAGACUUCCAAAACGAUUCCCAAUCGGUCUACGGGUUCUCGUCCUUGAUGUUGACACAACUCACCAUCCCAUCCUUCACGCAAUGGGUAAUCAAUUUCUAUACCAAGUUACCACUUGUUGCAAGCCUUCUGUUGCAUUGAAUCUUCUUUCCCAAACAGAAUGCUCUUUUGAUGUCAUAAUUGUUGAUACUGAUAUGCAAGAAUUGAGUGCUUAUGACUUUCUUGAACAUAUUCUCUUAUUCCACAAAAUUCCUGUCAUUUUCAUGUCUUCUGAUUACUCUACAAAUUCUAUCAUGGAGGCUAUCACAAAAGGGGCUUCUGAUUAUUGGAUUAAGCCUUUGGAAGAACAAGAAUUCAAGAAUAUGUGGAAGUAUGUGGUAAAAGGAGUUAUGAUUAAUGAAAAUAAACAUGAAAAAAAAUUGAAUCAGAAUAUGAACAUCUUUGAUAUGAACAACAUCUUCAAUAGAAAACGGGGGAGAGAAGACGAGUUCAAUGUUCCAAAACAAGGUAUUGAUUCUGAAGAUGAAAAGCAUAAUCAUAAUGAUGAUUAUCCACCGGCGACAAAGAAGUUCCGGUUUUCAUGGAAUCAACAGUUUCAUAAUCAAUUUGUAAUUGUUGUCAAUCAAUUAGGCCUUGAUAAUGUAAAGCCGAAACAAAUACUAAAAAUUAUGGAUGUUCCGGGUUUAACCCGAGAACACGUUGCUAGCCAUUUGCAGAAAUUGAGAAAUAAAUUGAAGUAAAGAGUGUCAAAAUGUGGGAAGAAAAAAAAUGAAAUUUAUCAGUUUUGUCUGCUUCAGCUGAAACACACUUAAUCCUUGAAACUAUUCACACAUCUCCAGAACAGCAACAAGUACAGUCUGACAAAAUUUGUGGUACACAGCUACACUUGAUGAAAUUUUGCAAUUAUGAUCUCAGCGAAAUUUUUACGACCUAAGCAUGUCCUCUCACCGAAGUCGAUAUAUUCGGUAUGUAUUCGUAACGAAGCUGUUGCCGAUAGUGAAAAUAAUUUGGUCAUUAAUUCAUUCAUCUUUUUAUAGUCGUUUGUUUAUUGCUGUGAUUUUAUGUUACAAAGCUUAACUUUUUAAUGACCAAAGAUUAAUUAUAUAGUUUAUGUUGUACUCAAA